GACCUCUGCUGUAUUUUACAUCACACAGCUCCACAUCACCAUCAUCAUCCUCAUCCUCCUCCUCUCCAGUGAAAUCUAAUCCCAUUACUUGGUCUCAUGUCUGCAAAAUGGCGGAUAAUUUUAUGUUAAUCUCAAACGGUCCCACACUUUGGCUCAGAGUGAGACAUCCCCGCUGUUUGUUUCUGUCUUGUUUAAUGUAACAUGAACUAAUGUGGUUUAAUUUGCUCGUGUUUUUCAGAUUCGUGUGGAUGGGAUCCCCCCGCCGGCCCAGAAUGCUUUACUGUACGAAACGGUGACGGUGGUGGAGGGAAAGCCAAUCCUCAGAGACAUGGUGUUCAGUCCGGACCACAUGUACAUCUACCUGCUGAGUGACAAACAGGUGACCCGGCUUCCUGUGGAGAGCUGUGAACAGUACAGCAGCUGUUCAGACUGUCUGGGGUCCGGAGACCCUCACUGUGGAUGGUGUGUCCUCUUCAACAAAUGUUCCAGACGGGAAGCAUGUGACAAGUGGGAGGAGCCUCAGCACUUCAAUACCCGUCUGGACCAAUGUGUGGACAUCUCCGUUACCCCUAGAAACAUGUCAGUGACAUCGCCGGCAACGCAGUUGAUCAUCCGGGUGCAGAAUGUCCCGGCGCUGUCGGGGGGCGUGUCCUGUGUGUUUGAGGACCUGAGUGAAAGCCCCGGCGAGGUUCUGGCCAAGGGGCAGGUCAUGUGUAUGUCGCCGUCACUGAGAGACCUGCCGACGCAAACACACACUUACGGGGAGAAGCGUGUGGUCCAGCUCAGUCUUCGCUCCACAGAGACCGGACACCAGUUCAUCACCACCAACUUCAUCUACUACAACUGCUCUGUACUCAACUCGUGCACCUCCUGUGUCAGCAGCGUGUUUCCGUGUCACUGGUGUAAAUAUCGUCACGUCUGCACCAACAACCUGCAGGACUGUUCAUUCCAGGAGGGUCGGGUCAGCGGCAUGGAGGGCUGUCCUCAGAUCCUCCCCACUUCCGACAUCCUGGUCCCGGCCGGAAUGGUUCGUCCCAUCACGUUGCGAGCUCGUAACCUGCCGCAGCCGCAGUCGGGUCAGAAGAACUACGAGUGUGUGUUCAACAUCCAGGGGAAAGUCCAGCGCAUCCCGGCCGUCCGCUUCAACUCGUCCUGCAUCCAGUGCCAGAACACCUCGUAUUGGUAUGAAGGAGACGAGGCUGGUGACCUCCCCGUGGAUUUCUCCAUUGUUUGGGAUGGAGAUUUCUUCAUCGACAAGCCUCUGUCUAUGAAAGCGUUGCUCUACAAAUGCGAGGCUCAACGCUCCAGCUGUGGUCAGUGCCUUAAAGCUCCGCCCACCUUCGAAUGCGGUUGGUGCACUGAAUCCAGGAAGUGUCUCCUACGGCAACACUGCCCCUCCCCCGAACAGAACUGGAUGCACCACGGUCGACACAACCUGCGCUGCAGCCACCCACGAAUCACCAAGAUCGACCCCCUCACAGGCCCUCGAGAGGGAGGGACUCGUGUGACAAUUGAGGGGGAGAACCUGGGUCUGCAGGUGAAGGAGAUCGCCCACGUUCAGGUGGCCGGGGUCCGGUGUAACCCUGUCCCAUCUCAGUACAUCAGCGCCGAGAGGAUCGUGUGUGACAUGGCUGAAGCUCUCCUCCCUCAUUCGCCCGGCGGUCCUGUCGAACUCUGCAUCGGCGUCUGCAGCGCCGAGUACCGGACCCUCUCCACCCAGACCUACUCCUUCGUGAGCCCGAGUUUCAGUCGUGUCCGUCCAGAAAAGGGUCCCGUUUCCGGGGGAACCAGGCUGACAGUGACCGGUCGACACCUGGACGCUGGCAGCACCGUCACCGUCUACAUCGACAAAGAGGAAUGUCUGUUCGUGAAACGCACCAAUCGGGAGAUAAUCUGCAUAACCCCCGCCUCCUUGUCCGGCUCCGGCCCCGCCCCCAUCCGGCUGAUGAUUGACAGGGCGGAGGUGACGAGCGCGGACACCAAAUACAUCUACACCGAGGACCCGACCAUCACCAGCAUCGAACCCAACUGGACCAUCCUCAACGGCAGCACGGUGAUCACAGUGACUGGAACCAACCUGCUGACCAUCCAGGAACCCAAAGUCAGAGCCAAGUACGGCGGAGUGGAGACCAGUAAUUUCUGUACGGUCGUCAACGACAGCACCAUGACGUGUUUGGCUCCCGGUCUGGUCUACAGUAAACCGAACCCACCAGAGGGGGCGCUACGACCCGACGAGUUCGGCUUCAUCAUCGAUCAGGUGUCCUCUCUGCUCGUCCUGAACUCCACCCUUUUUACUCACUACCCCAACCCGACCUUUGACCCCCUGGGGAACUCUGGGAUCCUGGAGGUCAAACCGGGGUCACCCAUCAUCCUCAAGGGUAAAAACCUGAUCCCUCCCGCUCCCGGUAACAACCGUUUGAACUACACCGUCCUGAUCGGAGAAUCGCCGUGCCUUCUCACUGUGUCGGAGAACCAGCUGCUCUGUGAUUCGCCAGAUCUGACCGGAGAACAGCGAGUCCUGAUCCUGGUGGGUGGGUUGGAGUAUUCUCCGGGUACGUUGCAUAUCUACUCCGACAGCGCCCUGACGCUGCCCGCCAUCAUCGGCAUCGGGGCGGGCGGCGGCGUGCUGCUCAUCGCCAUCAUCGCCGUGUUGAUCGCAUACAAGAGAAAGACCCGCGACGCCGACCGGACGCUGAAACGCCUCCAGCUGCAGAUGGACAACCUGGAGAGCAGGGUGGCGCUGGAGUGUAAGGAGGCCUUCGCCGAGCUGCAGACCGACAUCCAAGAACUGACCAACGACAUGGACGGAGUGAAGAUCCCCUUCCUGGAGUAUCGAACCUACACCAUGAGAGUCAUGUUCCCGGGGAUAGAGGAGCACCCGGUCCUCAAAGAGUUGGACUCUCCGGCCAACGUGGAGAAAGCUCUGCGUCUCUUCAGUCAGCUGUUGAACAAUAAGAUGUUCCUGCUGACGUUCAUCCACACUCUGGAGGCUCAGAGGUCGUUCUCCAUGAGAGACCGAGGAAACGUGGCGUCGCUGCUGAUGGCGGCUCUGCAGGGUCGGAUGGAAUAUGCCACGGUGGUUCUCAAACAGCUGCUGGCCGACCUGAUCGAGAAGAACCUGGAGAACAGAAACCAUCCCAAACUACUGCUGAGGAGGACGGAGUCGGUGGCUGAGAAGAUGUUAACCAACUGGUUCACCUUCCUCCUGCACCGCUUCCUCAAGGAGUGCGCCGGCGAGCCUCUCUUCAUGCUUUACUGUGCCAUAAAGCAGCAGAUGGAGAAAGGGCCGAUCGACGCCAUCACCGGCGAGGCUCGCUACUCUCUGAGCGAAGACAAGCUUAUCAGACAGCAGAUCGACUACAAGCAGCUGACGUUGAUGUGCAUCCCACCCGAGGGCGAGGCGGGGACCGAGGUACCCGUGAAGGUGUUGAACUGCGACACGGUGACGCAGGUCAAAGACAAGCUGCUGGACGCCGUUUACAAAGGGAUCCCGUUCUCACAGAGACCUCAGGCCGACGACAUGGACCUCGAGUGGCGUCAGGGCCGACUGACCAGGAUCAUCCUACAAGACGAAGAUGUAACGACCAAAAUCGAGAGCGACUGGAAGCGACUGAACACACUAGCACACUACCAGGUGACAGACGGCUCGCUGGUGGCUCUGGUGCAGAAGCAGGUUUCUGCCUACAACAUCGCCAACUCCUUCACUUUCACCAGAUCGCUGAGCAGAUACGAGUCGUUACUGCGGACGUCGAGCAGCCCUGACAGCCUGAGAUCCAGAGCUCCGAUGAUCACCCCGGACCAGGAGACAGGAACUAAACUGUGGCAUCUGGUGAAAAAUCACGAGCACAGCGACCAGAGAGAAGGCGACAGAGGCAGCAAGAUGGUUUCAGAAAUUUACCUGACCAGAUUAUUGGCAACUAAGGGGACACUGCAGAAGUUUGUGGAUGACCUGUUUGAGACUGUGUUUAGCACCGCCCACCGCGGCUCCGCCCUCCCACUGGCCAUCAAAUACAUGUUCGACUUCUUGGACGAACAGGCCGACAAACGACAGAUCAGCGACCCAGACGUCCGACACACCUGGAAGAGCAACUGCCUUCCUCUCAGGUUCUGGGUGAACGUCAUAAAGAACCCUCAGUUUGUGUUCGACAUCCACAAAAGCAGCAUCACUGACGCCUGUCUGUCGGUCGUUGCUCAGACCUUCAUGGACUCCUGCUCGACGUCUGAACACCGGCUCGGAAAAGACUCUCCGUCCAACAAACUCCUCUACGCUAAAGACAUCCCCAACUACAAGAGCUGGGUGGAGAGGUACUACAGGGACAUUGCAAAGAUGCCCAGCAUCAGUGAUCAGGACAUGGACGCCUACUUGGUGGAACAGUCCCGUCUCCACGGCAACGAGUUCAACACACUGAGCGCGCUCAGUGAGCUCUACUUCUACAUAAACAAGUACAAGGAAGAGAUCCUGACGGCACUGGACCGGGACGGGUACUGUCGCAAACACAAACUGAGGCACAAACUGGAGCAAGCCAUCAACCUGAUGUCUGGGAGCAGCUGAGAGGAGGGGAUGGACUGAUGGACUGAUAGAUGGAUGGAUGGAGGGAUGGGGAGAAGAAUGGGGGAGGGGAAAGUGAAGACAUUUUGUUUUUCUGAACUGUUUGAACAGUCAGCUGAACUGCUCCGUGUUGGACCCAAAUGACAGCCACAGCUCCGGACCUUUAGCAAUCAAUCCAUCAGUAAUUUAUUUGUCGGUUGAUUGAUUGCAUUGAAGACUCAACAACUGGUUGGCUGGGACCCCAAAUACCUCCAUUUGGUGGGUUUUGGGGCAGAAAAUCAGUUUCCAAACCAACGUGGAUACAUUUAUGUGACUUCAAAAUGGAAAUAAGUCAUUUUGGGGCAAAGACAAACCUUGCAGAUUCAUCUGGCGGUUUGGAUUUGGAGAUAAAAUUACUGCAGGUGGCAGCAGAUAUCAAUGAAUAAGGGCGUGGCUGUGGAAAGACCGGAAACUAGGCUGAAACUGAGUCAGGUUUCAUUAAAUGACGGAUGUGAGGACCAAUCGACCUCACCUCAGGAUUCCCAGCCUGGUUUGGAAUUUUCUAGACACUAGGUCGAAGAGCAAAUUGUCAAGUCAAAUUUCUGUCGAAGGUCGGAUGUCACCCGGUCUGAAGGAUGUGAACGGAUGAUCUCGAAACCUCGUUCUUGUCUGGAUCAAUCGAGAACCAAGGUUUACCCAAGAACAUGAAGUGUUGGGUCAUUUAUCAUCAUCUAUCUGCAAGAGUCCUGAUUCAGUGCCAGAAGUUUAGGUCAAAGUCCUCGUUUGGAACACUUUGAUUCAACCUUGGACUUGCUCGUGCAGGAUUUGGAAGUUGCCACGAAGCUUUAAGAAAUGACAAGGAAGCCAAUAAACUGCUGUCCCAAAGCCGGACAACUUGACCUAAACUUAUAGACACUGCAGGAAACGACAGGAGUCCAUCACGAACAUGAACAGACAAUUUGACUUGACCAUGGUCUGUUCGGCCAAGCUUGGUCAGGAUCUAGAAGUUUCUAAGUUGUUUUAAAUAACCACUCGAUGUUUUUCUCUGGACAAUCACUCUGUACCACAGCACACUGAGCCCGAUGCCUACCGACCGACCAGUACCUGUGUCCAUUAAUUAACCCCCCCCUUCCUCCCUUCGUCCUCAUUUUCUUUACUUCUACCUUUGACUCAUCCCAAAUCCACCUCCUCCUUUGCCGUUUUCUUCAUAUUUACUCCUGCUCUAUCUUAUUCCGUCCUACCCCUCAUUUUUCCUCCUCCCCUUCAUCCCUGCUUCGUCAUUGGUCAGUCAUGCUGGCCUCUGGCCGUGUUAUUGGCCAGGAAGACUCUUAAGUAAUGUACUGCCCGACCAAUCAAGACUGUGGAAUUCGUGAGAAACCGUGAACAAUUAGUAGAAACGAAUAGAAACAAAUACUACGUUUUUUGAAUACAUUCCAGCACAGGCACACAGGCAAGGUCUGUAAAUAAGCAGCUAGACUCCUGAUUUUUACAGAAGUCAAGAACUUCUGAAAGCAGACUGACCGGCAUUUUUCAGGACCAGACCGACUCUGAAUCGGGUUCUGGAUUCGGCACCAGUCGCUAAGCUUCGACUCUGGUUGGUGCAGAUUGGCUUUAUCGUCGGACAUUGCACAUACACCCACAUACAGCCAUGCUUUACAGCGCCAUGCUAACCGUGCCCAGGGGGAAAAUACUGUGUAGAGCUACAAGCCCAGUGCCAUGUAAAGACCGGACCAGAUCACGUCAGAACUGGACCGGACUUGGACCAAAACCGGAACAAAACCACCUGGAAUGGAGUUUGAACCGGACCGGACUGAGGAACUCUUAAGACUUGUGGCCAUAAUUGUAAACAAACAAAAAAAGAAAGAUAAUAAUAAUAAUGAUGAUAAAGUAUAAAAGUUAAAAAAAAUAAUACAAAAAGAAAGGAAAAAAAGAAAUAUUGAAAUGUUAACAUGUAAUAAGAACUUUGUGGAUUUGACAGUAUGGAUUUUGAGGAGCUGAACUUGUAUAAAGCUGAACGUUUAUGCUACAUCAGAGUCUGGACAAGGAGGGAGCCAGGAGACAGAACGCCAACAGAUCAUCCAACCCCAUCCCACCACCAUCACACAAGACCAGACUGAACCAGAUCGUCUGGGAUUCAACCAGACCGGGUCCAAUUCCGUCCCAUAUCCAACCUGAACGAAACUGAAUCUCCAGUCUCAACAACGAAGCAGGAAACUGGACUUUUUGGUACUUUUUUUUGCCAAACUGGAUGUUGUGUUGAUUGAACUGAACCGGACUGAAGUGUGUGGAUCGGUGGGAUGGGUGAUUAGCCGGUUUCGGGUGGUGUUUUUCAGGGGAUGUUGAGUCGUUGCAUGUAUAGCUGUGGAUGGGGUCUGUUUUUACGAACUUUUUGUUUGUUUCUCACCCAUCCUGAGGAAUAUUCAAGACCAUUUUCACAAUGUUGGUUCAGUUAGAGUCCUAUUUAACAUCUAAAUCUUCAAUAUUUUGCCAUAACUGAUCCUGUUGAUACUGGUAAACAACAUCCACAAGUAUGUACCACAAUAUUAACCACCUAAAGAAUGUGAAUCCAAUGUGAAAAUGCUCUUAUUCUCUGGGUGAAUUGGUGAUUAAUUGUCAAACACAAGACUGUUUAACACAGCAGCAUUGCACUUUUCACCCCCAACACCCUUCUAAUUUCUGGGGCAGAACAUUUUCAUUGAUGAUAUGGAUCACUCGGCGGUCUGCAGAGUUCAGUGAGGUUUUCAGUCCUGUAAUGAAAUAUUUCAACACAAAUCAUUACUAAAGGUCAAGAGGCUUUCAAGCAACUGAGGAUUGCUUUAUCUCACGUCAUCUUUCUGCAUCAAAAUUAGACUUUUAUCAAAAUGCAGUCACUACAGCCCGCAAGAAACUCUGUGUAAUUGGGAAAAUUUGGAUCGUGAAAUUGGACUAUUACACUAUUUCUCGCCCAACUGCAGAUGUUCACAUUCCUACGAGUACUGUAAAGGUCUUCUGGUUUAUGUCAGCUUAAAACAACAUUAGGAGAAAGCAGUCUGGCUACUUAAGUCCAUUUAUGUGGCUCUUAAGGAGCUUUUGAUUAUACAUUACAGCAUUACCAAGAAGUCCUUAAAGGGCUUAAAAUAAAUGGAACAUCUUCAGUCCCAUGAUGACUUGGAAAACCCCGUCUGCUAAUGGAAACCGUACGUACCCCUUCUCCUGAUCUCAACUUACUUUUACUUUCGACUGCUGUAUAAACAGUUUUCGUCCAGGAAAAGUAGUUCCAGGGUGAUGCCGUGUUAUAACCACAUGCAUCAGGCGCUGGUGGAAGGAAAGUUACCAGCAAGAUCAAGUGUUGUAGUGGAGUUUGAGCAGCGCCCGGUCAGUCUGAUCCAAAGAAGAAAAAAAACAGAGCGUCAUUAUUGAUGUGAAAUCGAAGCAGCAGACAAACCGCCUCGCCGCAUUGAACCAUAACAUAAAUUUCAAAAGGUCUUGCACAGAUGAGGCAGAUCUGGGUGUUGUGUUGAUGGGUAAUGAGGCGUGCUCGGCCAUACAUCUCUGAGAAAAUAUUCAAGCAACUUCUAUCUCCUGUUGACCAGAUACGAAGCUUAAACGACUUUCUACCACAUUCUGUGACCCGACAACUGGUGCUGCUUCUUUCUGUGAACAUAUUAAAACAUAUUCUGUGAUGCAGUGACGUGACUCAACCAAAACUAAACCAGUAGCAGGUUUGUGCUGGUAUAAAAGGGGUUAACAGGGCGGCUGAAAACACCAGAAUGAACCCGAGUGGUCGUUUAAAACUGUGAAGUCGUCUGAAAAUGUUCUGCCUCAGCUCGGUCGUCUCUCUGCUGGCUCUCUGCGACGCCAUAGAACUACAAAGCACCUUUUUAUUUUCGUUUUUUGCUGUUGUUUCACUGUCAUUUGAAUACAGGGCCGAAAGGACCCGAGUUCCGAACAGGAAGACCAGAAGGAGGAUGAAGAGUCCUGAUUAAAAGACUGCCUUUUAGAUGAUUGAUUAUAGAACAGGGAGGGAAGCCACUACCAUACCAAUACCACUGUUCACUUAACCUGUGUGUGUGUGUUUUCCUGCUGCAGUGGAAACUCAACUGUUUCAUCGCAGAUCGUAUCUGCAGCUCAAUUAAAAAUCUUUUUCUUUGCAGUUACGCCGCUCAAAUCGCCCGAUCGUAUCUUCAGUGCUUUUGAAAUCUCAGAUCGAAUCAUUGUUUUUUUUUUUUUUAAGUCAAAGUCAUCUAAAAAAGAUCAUAAUUAGCGCGCCAUCUUUAAUUACCCCCCCCCCCCUUUUCCAUUUUAUUUUCCUUUUUGUCGGAUUGAUGAAGCAGGAGUUUAGAGUUCGAACAGAUAUGGAUGGAGGAUAAAGAGGAGGUGAUUGUAUCUGCAUGCAAAGAGGAGGAGGAUAGAGGUGAAAAAGAAGAGGAAUGGAACGAGGGAGGUGAUGUUCUUCAAAUGCAUAGAGGAGAAGGAGGAGGAGGGAGAAAUAACAAGAGUAUCAGGAUGAAAAAGAGGAGGUCAGAUUUUCUUUUUGCAUGCUGAGGCGUGAGGAGGAUGGAGGAGACACCGUUGGCAUACUGAGAGCAGCAACGAAAGAGGAGCGAGGGAGAAUACUGAUCAGGGAGAAAAGACGAAAGCAGCGUCAUUCAUCAAACCGACCAAGGAAAGGUUUUUUUUUUUUUUUUUCUGAAGGGAGGGGAGGAGGAAACAGCAGAGCAUGCCCUGAUCCUGGACUACCUAUCACAGUCCUGGGACAUGUUUCACCGCUAGAAAAAACAAGCAAUAGGCCGUUUGUGCAACACCCUGCUACGACCCGGACUAGUUUUCCUCCGCAAUUCACGAAAAAAUGUCCCAAAACGUCACGUUCUGACAGCCGGGUCACCAAAACAUUGAAUUAAUUCAGCACUGAUGGACGUUUCGGAUGGCUUUUCACUGUGGUAGCGGCGUUUGUGUGUGCGUUUCAGGGUUGUAUCAACGUAUUUUACAAUCACAGGCGUCCUCUGAACACACACCGCUGGGAGGUUAGACAGACUGAAGGGGCCAUUUGGGAGGGUCGGGUCUAAUUCCUGGAACAGCAAAUGAAGCUAAUGGGAAUUGGAUUGAUACCUCAGCGGAGUCCAUCCAUCUGCCCGUCCACACACACACAGGUGGCUCAGAGUUUUUAAUGUUCUCCAGCAGUGAAAUAUUUAUUGAUUCUUUUAGAUUUGUUUCCUUUUAAUUUAUUUCUUACAAUGAGUUAUAUUUAUUGUGGGAGGAUUUUAUUAUUUUGUACAGCAUUGAUGAGAGAGCAGAAAUCAACAUCAAGAGUUUUUUUCUGCACGUAUAUUUCAUCACAUUUUUCAUUUUAUACAUGAGCAGGCGGGGAUACAACCACCGACAAAAGACUGAAAAAUUAGCCCGUGUUCAAGUUGACAUCACCCUACUCGUAAGUUCCUCCGGUAUUCCUGUUUUACCAAAGAUUUAAUCAAUAUUCCAUACAUUAUAUUCAUUAUUUUCAAUCAGUUUAUUGCCAAAUUAGCUUCAGUAAUAUGGUUGUGAAGUUUAUUUUUAAGGCGAUGGCAGCAGAUAUGGAGGCAAAAGAAGGUCACGUUUUGUGUUUAACGCCUCAUUUCGUGUUUUGAUGAUCAGACGUUCCAUGUGUAGAUCAAUCAGAAGCCGAGCCAUAAUCAAAAGAACAUUUGUUAGAAAUGGCAGAGCGGUGAGUUGAGGUUCUGGUCGGUUGUUCCCCCGUCCUGCCCGUGAUCGAAUCCAUCAGUCUGUCUAAGAGUUUGGCGGGCAGAUUGAUUGAUUGGUUUUAAUCAUCCGUCAGAUUUACUUUACUCACACAGUGAACAGUUGAAGGAGUUUUCGGAGUCGAUUAAUUUCAGGAGGCGCAGAGAUGGGAGUGUGGAAAACAGGCUGUCCCAUAGAAAACCAAUGAAAAAGACCUGAUCGCCCAUUGGAUUCCAAUGAAAAUAUGCCUCUCCGUGUUUCAAACCAAUACUUAUAAUCACUGAGAGCUUCGAAAGCAUCAAGCACCAUUUUAUUCUGAUGAGACACAGGUUCUCACCCAAUAAAGUGGAAUUAUUCGUGUCUUGCAGCUGAAAAAAAUCUCACAUCGACUCUUAUUUGCCACCAAAGGCAUCUAUUAAAGACACUGAGAAUGAAACAACUACGACUUUACAAUCAGUGGGAGAUUCAAAGCUCCUAUUGAUCUGCUGGAUAGCAAUAAAAUUCCCAAUCAGUGGUAAAAGUGAGAUAACCAUUGGCGUGACCUCUAAUCGGAAUUGGACACAGUAUCGUAAAAUGAAAACAACUGGAUCCCGGAACCUGAUCAUUUAUAAUCUUAUGCUUUAAAGUUAGACUUUUGUGAGUUAAAUGUUAAAUUUGUAAUCGGUGGGAGCUUCAGAUGCACUGAUAGUCCUCUCCCAUUGGGAAUGAAUGGAAGAUGAGUGGCCCCUCCCCUUUGAUUAAGCCCCUCCCACCCCUGCAGACUCGUGACUGUUUGACUGAUGGACGAGUCAAGCCGACAGGCAAUUCCAACGGGCUUCAUUGUACCAUAGCAACAGCAAAUCACUGGACUUCUCUGAGCUUGAACGGGGAGUCAGAUGUCUUUAUUGUACCAUAAUAUGAUUAUUAUUACUAUGAUUAUGAUUAUGAUUAUUAUUAUUAUUCUGAGCUGGUGCUUCUCAGCUGCUGCAGGGUCACGAGCCGUCACAUUAAAUUAACUUUAUCUGUUUGCACUUUUCCCAAACCAGUCCUGGACUGUAAAGACGUCGCCAAAACCCACCAAAUCUUGCCAAGUCAUUUCCUGUUUAGUCCUCAUCUGGGUCCGCGAGCCGCCAGUUGAGAAGCACCGCUCGCACUUGUGUCUUAGUUCAGGAUGGGAUUGUUCAUUCAGGCGGCGCUUCGGGAGUUUCAGGACCGUCGGGUUUCACGUCGAGAACUUAAAGUUUGAUGUUUACACUGUGACUGAACGAUAAAAUCAAAACGAAAACAUCCUAUCAGGAGGUUUGUCUACUGAGACUAAAAUUUACACCAAAUAUAAAGAAAUUUUAAGGACCAGAGAGUAGGAUUUAGUGGCAUCUAAUGGCGAUUUCCCUCCGUUUACACGUUCAUAAAACCUGACAAUGAGAUGAAACAAUUUAAGGAUGUUAUGGGAACAUUUUGAGCAUUAUCAACAGUCGAAUAUUUAGCGUAGCUGGAACAAGUAAUUCCCAAAUUAUAUCCAGCUACACAAACCUGAUAAAUCAUUUUGAUGGAAGUAAAAGAGUUAUUGUUAUUGUCUUAUUGCAAUUGUUUUGUCAGGAAAACUGAUGCUCUGCUUGUUAGCGUUAGUUUUCGGUAGAUCUCAUGGUGAAAUUUGGCCUGAACUGAGUUUAAAAUGGUUCAGUAUUGGUGUAAAAGCCCAAAAUACUCUUUCCAGAGCAAAUGUUUGCAGAAAAAUUAUGGAUCUCCUCCCUCUGUAGACAUGAAGUACUCAUUCUACACAAACUAAACCACACAGAGUCUUAUUUUCAGGUAAUUAUACACUAUUGAGAACAUAAUUAGGACUGUUACACUCAUAACUCUUACACACUGGUCCUUUAAAUCAGUCGAACUUGAUGUCAAAACCAACAUUUCUGACUCGACGGCUGGUGAAAUACAGAAAACCUUUAUGCUCCCAUUAAACACCCAUUAAAGCUGCUAAUCGUGUCCGUCGUGAAUCCCGGCGAUCCACCGUGGCUCUGCAGCGCCGCCAUCAUUCAUCUGCCUGGAAAAACUGUGUUUUUUCACUGAAAAGCAGAAACACAUUGCCUUGAUGCAACGCUUUCCAGGAUGUAGUCAGGGCCCAUUUUUUGAUACCAUUUGCCAUUGCCUUGUUUUUAUUUUUUAUUUUUGCUGAGUUAAAAUGUAAUGAUGAUGAUGAUGAUGAUGAAUCUUCAUGUAAUAGCCUGUGUCAGUUUUUAUACCAUUGCCAUUGCCUUCUGCUGAGUUUGUAUAUUUGUGUGAUUUCACUAAAGUGUAAUGGAAAAGUCGGA